AUGAGUGAGAGCAGUGGUGAUGCAUCAUCAGUUAUCGUCUCUAUACUUCCUCAUAAACCAAUAAAUGUCUUCGCUACAGAUGGCAGAAAUAGUGAUACCAGUGAAGGCAAACCACCACGAAAGCAACAACACCCACAAAAGAAACAAGAACUAGAAGAAGAACAAUCACAACAACAACAAGAACAAUCACAGGAAGAACAACAACAACGACCAAAAGUUAGUGGAGUUGGUUCUGUACAUUGGGAAUCAGCUGCAAGAAAGAAACGCCCUCCACCGAAAUGGUCUUGUCCGAUAAACUAUCAACCAGUUAAUAAUGCAUUGAUGCCAACACCGCGGGUAUGUAAUGUAAUGUUUCCAUCUGCUGAACUUCUUGGUGACCCAACGAGAACAUCUUUACUAAAUCAUACAGCCUCAUCAUCCCCAAAUUGGCUUUCCGGAAGUGUUAGUAGUAAAAAUACUCGUUUCACAUCUAUGGGAGGUGUAGUCCCACAAGAUCCAGCCGUACCUCUUCCACCUAAUGCUCCACCAGUUGUUAGUGAAACUAGACGCGAUGUAUUUAAACAGUCUGGUGAACAUAUUCCACGGCCAGAGGCACGUGUUGUACAUCCACAGGGAUUUCGUAUUCUUAAAGAUCGUAGUGUGAUUGAACGAUCACUGCGUAGUUACUUUAGACUUCCACCAGCACCAAGUACACAUCUUAAACAAGAACGUAGACGUGCCCAACGACAACUCUUAGCGGUUGAAAUGUCUGAAGAUGCUGAAGAUGCUCGGUUUUUUAGUGCCACCAUGGAAGGUUCACUGCGACAACCACCUAUGGCUUCAGGUUCAAUGCAACCACGAUUACUUCUUGAUGGUUUUAUGUUACUUUGUGCAGGUGCACAACCUGAACCAGAGGCAGUAGAGGCAGUUACAUUACAAUGUUCACAUCUAGUAGGUGUUAUUAAGGAUGAUUUAACACAUUUUCGGAAUUUACGUUUUCUUGAUGUAAGUGAGAAUGAAUUAUUAUUAGAACAACUUUUACCUCUUACAGGUCUUGAAGUAUUACAUCUUGCGUAUAAUAAGAUUAAUUCUCUUGCUGGUGUUGCACGGGCAGUACAAGAACAACAACAACAACAACAAUUACAACAAAAACAAGAAAAUAGUGGAAAUGGUAAUAUUUUCUCUAAUCGUAGUGGAAUCCGUUGUAGUGCAAGUGGUGUGGGUCCUAAUGCGACCCGUAAUAGUGCUUCUAUUCGAAGUGCUGCCGCAUAUUAUGCAAAAGAAAUAUCAGCCGCAACAGUGACAUCAAGAACUAAAACAACAACAGGAACAGAAUCACCACCUCUUGAUAUUGAAGGAAAUUCUUGUCAAGCUAUGGAACGAAAUUCUUUUGUUAGUGGUGUAAAUAGUAGUUGGAGUGGUUAUAUUGAUGCUGGUGUUGGUUAUUUCUCACCACAUCAGAAAGUUACUGGACUCACACAAGAAACAUCUGAAUGCAGUUUACAUGACGUCCUUUUACCAAAUUUACAUGCUUUAAAUCUAUCUUUUAACAGUAUUCCACCAAAUGAUGUUUUACAUUUAUCAUAUUUUCCAUUUCUUGAAAAAUUAGAUUUAAGUGGGAAUAAUUUACGUGUUCUUCCACAAGAUCUUGCUGGACUCACAUGUGUAACUCACUUUGCACUGGAACGUAAUCAUUUUAGCGAUGGUAAAUCUGUCUUUGCGGCACUUUCUACUAUGCCAGCUCUUAUUGAAGUAAAUCUUAACCAUAAUGAGUUACGUCGUGUACCCCCACUCUCUGUACGAGAUGGUCAUGGUCUUUGUUUUCCCACUAUUGAAGUUAUUGGACUUGCUCACAACCGUGUGGAAACCGCACAGGAUGUGGCUGCGCUGAGUGAACUUGUGAAGACGCUGCGUCGUGUGGUACUUGCAGGAAACCCAAUUGCCCGUAAGAAGAAAGAACAAGGUGAGGCACAGGCACUGUUUGCACAGUCUGUUAUGAAUAUGUAUUGGGAACAAACGGGUAUUUCUGGGAAAGAUGAAGUUGAAUUUGGAUCUGGAAGUCCUUUCUGUACAAAUCCUCUUGUUUCUACGGAGUCCCUACCUUCACAUUUUCGUCGUUAUAGUAGACAUGAUCAUCAACAUCAUCAUCAUCAUCAUCAUCAGCAACAACAACAAGAAGAAGAAGAACAAGAAGAAUGGCGUCAGUGGCAUCCUGGAGAGGAAGAUAUACCGGAGUCUGAGAAGGGAGAAGAAGAUUAUCAUGCUUUAGAUAGUCUUGUAUAUUCAUGGAAGGAACAGAUGGAAUCGAAGCGUUCUUUACAUAAUCAGACAGAAUAUUCUCAAGAAAGUGGUCCAUUAAGAUAUAGUGAAGAUGAUAGUGAAAAUGAUAAGGAUAACAAUAAUGAGAGGAAACCCCGUGAUGCUCCCCCUUCUAAUGAUACUAAUACACUAAGUCUUUCUUUUACUAGAGAUGGUGGUGCUGUAUUAAAUAACAUUAUUUGGUACGGUGAUGCAUUACCACCUCCACAAAGUGCUACACCAUCAGGAAAAAAUGGUAAAGCCACCGUCCCACCAUCAUCAUCUUUAUUACAUUUUGUAGAACUUGUAUUUGAUGAUGUUGUAAUGCAAAAACAAAAAGUAGGCUACUUCUAUGCAAAGAGACGUCAACUCCUGAAAGAAGAGGUAGUAGGAGAGGAGCAACAACAACAACAACAACAACAACAAGGUCAGAUAGAUCCAACUCAACCAUCGCGGAUGGUUCAUCCCAAAACAGGUCUUGUUACAGUACCGAACUACAAUGAGUUUAUGGACAUUUAUCGACUUCUCGAAAAAUCACCACAGACACAACGUCCCUAUGGGAAACGUAUGUAUACCACCACUACUAGACGAGGAAGGAAAAAGAAACCAACAACCAACAUUAUGGUUUCCCCAGAUAAGGAAAAAGAAUCUGAUGAGGAUGAGACAAGGAAAGAAGAGGAUGGUACUAAAUCUACUACAGAGAGUAUGAUAGUUGAAACCAAAUCACAGUUAGAGGAAAGUGAAAUAGAUGAUGAGGAAGAGGAAAUAGAAACUUCUUCAUACGGAAGUGUUUCUUCACAAGAUGUAGUCUUCAUGACAGGUGUAGCUCUGCAGGAAGAGAAGAAGAGUGAUAAGGAACGAAGGAAGCGAAGAAGAAGAAGAAGAAAUGAGGAACAUAAGAAUGAAGAAGAACAUAUGGAUCAAGAAGAACCUUUAGAAAAAGAUGAAUUAAAUCCUGAUAUCGACACCGAUAUGGAUGGAACUUCCAAAAUAGAAGAGAAUUAUCAAACAAAAUCAAAGAAACAACAACGACAACAUCAUCAAAAUCGUUCCAAAGAGUAUUUCUCUACACAUGGAAAGGAAGAUCAGGCCUCCUCAUAUGAGUAUGAACCACCUAGUACGAAUGUUCGUAUUCUUAUGAAUGAACUUCGUCGUAUGUUGCGUCGUCCACUACCAGCUCUUCCUCCUCUCACCACAACGCGUCCCACCAACAGGAGUACAAAAGGAUUAUAA